AUGCGUCGUAGAUAUCCGGAUGAGCAUCGAGGUGAAGAACAUCCACCUGCCCUCCAAGCUUCUCAGACACAGCUCUCACUACCGGGAAGAUCCCCAACAUCAGCCAUAACCAGUGGAUCAUCGAUCAUUUUACCUUCUUCAGUGGUCGAGUUGGUGCUGCCACACCACAUUGCCUCCCGAAUGAGAGGAGGAGCGAAAGCUGGACCUUGCAGGAACGAGGAGUUAUGUCCCAACGGGAUUCCAAGCAACGAGCUAGUCGCCACCGCGCCUCCCAGCGCCCGAACCACCGCUCCCUGCAGAAGAUGUAGUACGCGACAUUACAACGAAAUUACAGUAGAGUCAUCCAUCCACACACAGGAAGCCAGAGUAAGCAGAACACAACAAAUUAUUACCUUGAGCUUUGCUUUCUCGCGAAUGAGAGUGAGGGAAGCGUCGAUAACUCGCUCCUGACCCUGUGUGAUCACGUCUUCUGGGAUUCUGGCGGAUUUCAGUCGCUCCAAUGUGUGCAUCCCUCUUCUCCAAAUCAUCGACGACGACAUGGCUCUCUGCCCUGAAAGACUGAAACCAAGACCAAUCUCUCUGUUUCUCUCUUCUGUCCUUCUAACUUGGGAUGAUGGGUUUUGAGCUGCUGAAGUGAGUGGCAUUUAUAUAGACUGGAUUGAGAAUGCUUUUUUGCAUUAUUGUACUGCCAAAAAAAUAUCUUCAGCAGUUGUAUUGUACUGGUGCCAUUGACGCCCAUCGAUCACAGUCUGCUUUAAAAGGAGUUCCACGUUUUCCUCUUUGAGCAAAAGAGGGUGGUCCUCUUUUCUAUCUGAUAACCAAUAAUUCGUUGAGGACGAGGAUUACUGAAAGAAGAAGGUAAUACAGUAAGAAAGAUGGACGGACAGAGACGAAUCAGAUAUUGGGGAGCCUCAGCCUAGCUGGCUGGAUAUUGUAGAAGAUGCAUUGCAGGACCAGUGCUAUAAUAUGAACCAUUGUCCAUAUGUCUCUCA